AAAUGCAUGUUACGAAAUGAAGAUUUUUUUUUAAUGCAUUCCAUGCGAUGUAUAUUUUAUAAGUGCUAGUGACCGGACGUCAACAUCUAUCAACAGUCUUUGUUAUCUUACAUCUUUCUCAAGUACCUUCGAAUUUGAACAAACAGCAUGCCAGCGGCCGAGCUUUAAAUCAAAAUCACGCCGAAAGUAACAAGCAAUGAGACACGUUAGAUUAUUGCCGAAGUAAAGGUGACGGAUCUAUGCUUUUUUUGUUUACAAUAUGCAGAGGAGUGAGGCUUGAAAGAAAUAGGUGGGUAAAUAUUUCAUCAGGCUGACGUGCUGCCCAACUAUUGUAUGAUAGGUUUUUGAGUAGAUUACACCGAAGGUAUGAAACCUUUCCUUCCCACGCACAUUGGCCGAAUGAAAGAAGAAAGACUGAGGCAAGGAUGGCGCGGAGGCGUUGCAUCAAAGUAAUGGGCAUUUCCUUGUUAAACGUUAAAAGGUAGAAAUGGACAAAAGGGAAGUUCAAGUUUUAGACUUUGAUCAUGGAAGAUUAAUGUGCAAUAAAUCUUCACACUUUCUGGAAGCGCGAGCUACUAAAAGAGAGACGUUAUUAACUGUUCUUCCAUGUCAGGAGUACGAAGUAAAGGAAAAAUGGAGGAAACCACGAAAGGGAUGUUGCGGUACCUUUUGUGGUGCACAAAAUGGGAGACUGGGGACUGUCUCUACUGCUCAUCCUCUCGACAGUAGUUUACGAGAUAUCCGCUGUUCACAAUAAACCUUACCCCUGGCAAAGCAGGCACGGGUUUCUCUCAAACAACGACCUUUACCCACCCACUCCGCUCCGGAGGAGACCACCAACGUCCGGAACCGUCAGUAAUCCGUUCAGUAUUCAGAGUAAUUCAAGACAGAAAACUGCAAAGACACCAUUCCAACCAUUCCAGUCUGAACAAUUGAAUCCUAUUCAACGCUGUGUCAAGAGAGCGAAUGACCACACCUCACCAUCAAGUAUCCGUGACUUGAUUUUGAGUAUUGGUAAAGACGUGGUAAAACGGCAAUCUUUUGCAGGGGCUAAUCUUUAUCACCAGCGUGGCCUUAGACGCUUUACAAGAUCGCAGGUACAUGAAACUCAUUUUCUACUGCCAUUUAUUACAAAGAUCGGUUCGCAUUUCGGUGAUUACCUGCGUAAGGUUCUGGGAUGUCAAGCCGAACAUAGAACUUACAUAGCCCAACCCAGAAGUUCCAGGUUAUCCGCUCUAUCCGUAGACCCAGUACAUUCAAUAUCAUCAUCAUCAUCUAACGAGCAGCCUCAGCCCCAUCCAUCUUUUAUCUUUGAAAGAUCUGCUCCUCAGAGCCCACGUAUCCCACUCCUGCCGCCACCAAAACACAUCCAGAAACCAUUAUCACAAGGAGCUCGGGCGCCCAUCUAUUCAAGGCCGCAACACAUUCAACCGAUUGAACAAUACGACGCGUCCACUUCGGAAUCUUUCCCAAAAUUGUCGGUAUCACCAUCCAGGCCGAUACAGAGAUCAUUCCACGUCGAUAAUCCGUCAAGUCCAGGGUUUGAAGAUAUCCCGAAUCCCGACGGAACCAGUAGCAUAACACAGUCAUCCAGGUCCGAUAGUUCUGCGCCACAGCCUUUUGAAGAAUUGCUUUUCUCCCCACCACCUGUAGACAUGAGUGGUUUGCCGCCUCCAGUCUUUGCCGGUAGUGAUUCGUCUACUUCUGCUCUACCCGAUAUUGUCCAAGCAAUUUCAGAUUCAUCUACGCGGUUUACACCCGCCGAUCCGUCGAUCACAUUUACGGCACCCGGUCUCCAGCCGCACCGAAUGACCGAGAUAUCCCUGCUCCCUACAACCAUUGACCCGACCGGGUCACCGCCACCACCGCCAUCUAGCCCUUUCACAACGUUCAGCCUUACGAGCCAUCCGUCGCACACCUCACUUCCGCCCUCAUUGACGACUUCAUCAAUGACAUCUACAUCUCGACUUUCACCGAGCAGUCAGCCGGGGCAAUCUCAGGGCUCGUUGUAUUUUGGACCCCCAAGGUCGGACGUCAAAGUGUUGGUGGAGGCCAAUGGUGUUUUGAGGCAGUGGCGUAUAGCAGUCCCUCCCAUGUUUGGUAUCAUCGACCUCCUGAGGUACCUGGCCCGUGAGCAGGCAGAACCGAUCAACCUGUCCACUCUGGAUCCUCACUGCUUCGUGUUAACCCGCAUGCUCGGUCUGCGGAUCAACAGUUCCCAUGUUUGGACCGUCUCUGUGAUCACCUUCAAACAGGAGGUAAUUUUCCAAGAUCGCUGCCUGCCGUCUUCGAAUCUGUAUAUUCUGCCUGGAUACACGCUUGUCUUUCGCUACACCCAGACGUAGCUGUCUGAUAUUUUAUGAAUGAUAACGACUCAUACAAGAGCCGAAGAAAACGGGUAUUGAUAUACGGUAGACAGUAUAGACUGAAGGUUCCUUGUUUUAGUGUGGAAUAGUAUUUAGGCCAAAAUACAAACGAGAGAUGCAAUUAUUAAAAUAUUAUAGAAGCAGUAAUAGGUGUACCUUUUCGUCGUAGUUAAUAGCGUACAUACAGAACUGAAUUAGCAUUGUAUUUUAAUGAAGGUGCUAUUCCAAAUGUUGAAAAUAAAAUAAAAUACAUGUACAUUAUGAGAGAAAGAAGUAGAAAAGUUGAUGGUAAGGAGUAUGGGUAGCAAAAGUGGCAUGCUACUGCUGCACGAUAAUUCAUCCACAUAGGCCUAUAAUGAUACCUAAGAAUGUAAGGAUGUUCAAUUCACUGUAUGGAAUGAACUUUUAUCACUCUCAAGAAACAUACAUUUCCCGUUUUUAGUCAUCGAUCAUUGUUUCAAGACUUUCAGAGAUUCUUUUUCUUCUUAAUAUUCCAAGCCGAAUCGAUCAGAAGUUGAAAUAUUUGUAUGGCCGUGUCAAAAGGUUCAAGCGAAAAUGGAAUUGUAAACGUUUAUUGAGUUCCCGACAUUAUUCAAUUAGUGUUAUUUAUCAAGUUUAUAUGUUUCAAUGUAAGUGUUGACAUUUCCUUCGAAUUGAGGGACUUCGGGCGUUUAUAAUAAGAUUUGAUUCUAUUCACAUGUAAAUAUAACACAUAAAUGUUUUCAUCUCUUUAUCUCUUUUUUCUUUUCUGAACAAAAAGAUUAUGUACUCUGAUAAGCGUAAAAGAAACAGGAAUGAAAGGAAAAUAAAAAAAUGAAAAUCUGAGAAGUGAUCUGAAGGUGAGAAAAUUGUUUAUUCACCCACUAUAUUAUUUCAUUUUGCCCCCGCUAUUCUUAUUGUAUGAGGGGAUGGUUGUAAUUAAAAUUAGCGUUGCAAAUUUGGAAAUAAAUAGAAUAAUGCAGAUGUUUCUCCUAAUACCUCCUCCGUGGCCUCUUUCUUGCGUUUUGUUUCGUUCUUGCCAGUAAGCCUUAUCACUAUUAACCUCUCAAUAUACCACAGCUAAUGUAUAGUACUAAAUUAAAUGUAAAUAAACCAAUUGUUAGCACAGAAA